UAAUUUUUAUCGAUAUCGAUAUUAUCCCGAUAUUUCCAUCGAUAUUUCCGUGUUUUCGGACUACCGAUAUUUUCUUCCUUGGUAGAGGGAGUCGAUCCAAAAGUCGGGAUUGAUGAUGUUCUCUCAGUCGACGACAGCCUCGGUUCGGCUCGAAUCUGACAAAUCUCCUCUCGUCGGAGGUCAGGUUGUUGGUUUUGCAGAGUCGCCUGAAACUGGGCUUGCUGAUUUGUCAACAUCCUCACCCGAUUUCUGAGCUUCUUCUUCUUCUCUGGUUUUUAGGGUUUCUCCAACUUGGCGUAUCAGACUUCUGAGCUUCUUCUUCUAUCAUCGUGAUUCUGAAAGCCGCAGGCUCUCUCUCCCUCUCAUCAAACCGAAGCCGAAGCUCUAUCCCUCUGUCCCCAUCCUCUCCAGUCCCUCCGUCCCCCUCCUCUCCUCUCGCCACAGCCACAGCCACACCCAGCUGUCUCCGAGUGAAAAAUGGGAGCGAUCAUCUCUCUCCAAUUUGUCAGCUGUUAUGUCCCCUUCCCCUCUCUCCCCGAGUCAAACCUGAGAUGCAGCGGCUGAAAAUCGGGCCUUAAGCCUGAGUGGCAUUUUUUGUAAAUAAAGUGAAAUUUGGCCGAAAGCAUUGAGUGGCAGUCUUGUAAAUAAACUGAAAUCACGACAUGGAAAUGAAACGGUGUGUGGGAGGACAUUUUCGGAGCAUAAAAAUCUGGGACAGAAAACGCGGGAUUUGGAGCCCUUCCCCCUCUCUCUCCCUCUCAUUAAUGAUUGCUUGCUUCAUCAUUACAUUUUGAUAUAUUUGUUUCAUUUUAACAUCUAUAUAUAAGAUGUAUAACAAUCAUCUCGUUGGUUUUUUUUUUUCCUUCUUUUUUGUUGGAAUGCAUGCACAUAUUUAACAGGUAGCAUACCCAGAGAAAUAGGCAACUUAACAAUGGUGAAGGGCAUAUACCUUGACGACAACAAGUUCGAAGAACUUCUGAACGAGAUGGGCAGUUUAGUUCAGCUGGAGAAGUUGUCCGUGCGGUCCAAUGCCCUAAAAGCCUCUGCUCUUGUGCCUGUCUUCAACAUAUCUUCUUUGACUAUUUUGACUCUAUACGGAAACAACAUGAGUGGCAGUCUUCCCGACAAUAUAUGUGAGCAUCUUUCGAGUAUUCGAAUAUUUGAUUUGGGUUGAAACCAGCUUGGCGGUCUGAUUCCCUCCAAACUGUGGCAAUGCAAAGAGCUUUGUAAAAUCUCAUUAUCCUCUAACAAUUUCCGUGGAAGCAUACCCAAAAGUCUUGGCAAUUUGACCUACUUAACCGAUAUUCGUCUUACUGAGAAUCAUUUUACAGGUACAAUACCGGAUGAGAUUGGUGAUCUUCCGCAGUUAGAGAUUUUGGGACUGGGUUUUAAUAAUCUAAGUGGCGUCAUCCCAUCCAAACUCUUCAAUCUCUCCACGAUAAGAAGAAUAGGGCUUUCUUUCAAUCAGCUCUCAGGUAGCCUCCCAGACCUAGAACUCUUUAUUGUAGCCAGAACUAACCUCGUGGGUGGACUACUCCCUAACUUCUCCAAUGCUUCCAAGCUCAGGGUGCUAGACAUGAGCGAAAACUCAUUUACCGGGUUUCUUCCUAGCACGCUCUGUUCCUUGAAAAACCUUGAGAUUCUUUCCUUGCACUCGAAUAAUUUGACAAUUGAUGCUUCUACUCCGCAAGCAGCAAGCACUCUCUCUUGCUUGUUUAAUCUUAGAAAUUUGACAAGGUUAUACUUGGGAGACAAUCCACUAAACACCACGAUUCCAGCUUCUCGCAGGAAUCUCUCUACGUCACUCCUAUAUGUGUAUUUAUUCCGUUCCAACAUCAGGGGCAACAUUCCAGUAGAAAUUGGCAACUUGAGCAGCUUGAUAUUUCUAUACCUGGGAACCAAUCAGUUGAGUGGAGCAAUUCCAACUUCAAUUAAAAGGCUACAAAAUCUCCAAGUUUUGAGUUUGUAUGAUAACGAACUGCAAGGACAUAUCCCGUAUGAACUCUGUCAACUAAACAACCUAGCCGGUUUAGUUUUGCAUGGUAAUCGGCUCUCUGGUUCUAUUCCUUCCUGCUUGGGUACUUUGGCAGUAGCUCUAAGAAUUCUAUCGUUAGGGUCCAAUUUGUUAACUUCAAAAAUACCAUCUUCCUUGUGGGAACUCAAGUAUAUAUUGGACCUAAACUUGUCAUCCAAUUCUCUAGUUGGACCACUCUCGGAAGACAUCGGAAAGUUGAAAGAUGUGCUGAAUAUGGACUUGUCAAAUAACCAUUUCUCCGGAAACAUUCCCGAUGGCAUUGGGGGUCUACAGAAAAUGAUUAAUUUGUCCUUGGCAAACAAUUAUUUAGAAGGCCCAAUUCCCAGUUCAUUUAAAACCUUGCUAAGCCUAGAAUUCUUGGAUUUGUCCAAAAACAAUCUAUCUGGAGUGAUCCCAAAGUCAUUGGAAGCACUCUUGUAUCUCAAGCAUCUGAAUUUGUCUUUCAACAAACUCCAAGGAGAAAUUCCAACCGGCGGGCCUUUCGGAAACUUCACUGAUGAUUCAUUUGUAUCAAACGGUGCACUCUGCGGUUCUUCCCGACUCCAUGUUCCAUUAUGCAAAUACAGAACAAAAGUUGAGCCAAAUUGGAGGAAAGCUAAAUAUAUCAUCUCAGGGGUCAUGUCAGUAAUACUCCUAGCGGCUGCUGCAUUGAUUCUGGUGCUAUGCAGGAAAAGGAAUGUUGAAGUUGUAAGAGAAACUGACUUGCUAUGUCGAGUUCUUUGGAGAAGAGUUUCGCGCCUAGAACUUGUAAGGGCGACAAAUGGACUUCACGAAAGUAACUUACUAGGCACAGGGGGGUUUGGCUCAGUAUACAGAGGAACACUGUCAGACGGGAUAUAUAUCGCCCUCAAGGUUUUCAAUUUACAGCUAGAAGGGGCAUUCAAGAGUUUUGCGAAGGAAUGUGAAAUGCUAAGCAAUAUCCGUCAUCGGAAUCUCAUUAAAAUCAUAAGUUGUUGCGAUGAACUUGAUUUCAAAGCCCUGGUGCUUCAAUUGAUGCCUAAUGGAAGCCUCGAACAGUGGUUGUAUUCUCCAAACCGCUCCAUGACUAUCCUGCAGAGGUUGGACAUAAUGAAAGAUGUUGCAUUGGCACUAGAAUAUCUUCAUCAAGGUUACUCGAUACCUAUCGUUCAUUGUGACGUGAAACCAAGCAAUAUACUAUUAGAUGAUGAUAUGGUUGCACAUGUUGCUGAUUUUGGCAUUGCAAGACUCAUCGGCAGUGGAGAUUCGAUGACGGAAACAAUGACCCUAGCCACAGUUGGAUACAUGGCUCCAGGUGAUGUAUUUUUUCAAUUUUGUUUAUGUUGGUUUUAUUAGGGGUUAUAAUUUUCUUUUUAUCAUACAUAACUAAAUUCACAUACAAAUUUUGCUGAGUUCGGGAUGGAAGGAAGCGUUUCCACGAGUGGGGAUGUGUAUAGUUUUGGUAUUGUACUCAUGGAGACAUUCACAAAAAGGAAGCCAACGGAUGAGAUGUUUGUUGGGGAAAUGAAUUUAAAGCAAUGGAUUGCAGAUUCAUUAUUUCUAAAUGCUGCUAUAGAUGAAGUUGUGGAUGCCGAUACACUUGGGACGGAGGAAGAUGGUGGUUUCGUGAGCAGGAGGGAUUGCUUAUCAUCCGUUAUGAGAUUAGCUUUAGCUUGCACUGCAGCAUUGCCGAAAGAAAGGAUUAACAUGAAAGAUGCCGUAGUCGCACUAAAUAAAAUCAAGGCCAAGUAUUUGAAGGACUCUGGAGGAGUGAAUUCUUAGUUCUUUGUUCUCUAUAUUUUCGGAUCCAUUUUCUUAUCGUUGUUUUCGAUCUUCAAAAACUACAUUAUUUUCUUAUUGUUAUUUCAGUCAAUAUAUCAGGAAGUGACAAACUUCUAAACUUCUACUUAAGUUGGGUUUUUUGGCUGCUUCA